AAAAAAUUGCCCCAAAAAGAAAAGAAAAGGCCCUUGUUCAUUAUGAAAUUAUUUAUGACAGAAAAAAUGGUGUGAGGCAGGCGGACCCAAAAGUGAGGCAUGGCGCUGCAUUUGAUAGCAGAGGCAUGAGUUCCGGAGGUGGGGGUUCUCUUUCGGUUACCCUAUUUGGGUUGUCGAGUUUUGGAGUUUGGAGGGGUGAAGAGGAAACUUUCCGUUUUAGGCGCCGUCUUCCUCCGCUCUUUGCAAUGCCCCGGCAGCGUCCCAAGAAGGGGGAGCGCCGGAUCGACGCCGCCAUCGACCACUUCACCCCCAUGGGCUACGCCACCGCCGACGUCCGUGCCGUCGUCAAGGAACUCCUCCAGGUGUACGGGGGGAACGACGGGUGGCCGUUCCUGGAGGAAGACUCGUACCGCGUCGUGCAGGAGGCGCUCUUCGAGAAGCAGGAGCAGGAGGAUCACCAACAGCAGCCUCACCCUCAUCCACAGCAAUUGGAGGAGGCACCAUUGGAAGACAAGAGCAUGUCAAUCAUAGAGGUGCACAAUGUGAUGCCUGCUGAGACUGAACAACAAGUCGAGGACGCGGACCCCAUGCUUGUUGACCUGCCUGCAGUUGAAGCAACUCUGCCCCUUCCUGAAGCCAAAGUAACAUAUGGCACAAGGAGGCCCUGUUAUGGGUGGAUCGAAGAGUACGAAAGUGAAUCCGAUAACGAGGAACAGCCUGCCAGAUUGAUUUGUAAGAGGAAGCGUCCGAGUAGAUGGGAUGUUAAACCCAUCAACUGAUUAUCUGAAAAGGAGGUGACAAGGCAAUGUGGCUGCACAGGUGGUAUGCUUAACCCUUGUUUUUGAGGCAUUCUGGAUGUGCUGAUUUUUCAUAAGUUUUGUAUUGUACACAGCAGUAACAGUGGAAGUAUUGAUGCAAUGUAGAGACUUUAGGUUAUGCAUGGUUGCAUGCCAAUUAAUUUGCAUGAUGGUGUAUGCAGACAGAGACAUGAUGGUUGAUGUAUGCAGAAUCUAUUCAAGUACUAAUGUGGAUUUUUCAUUGAUGCCUUCAUAAA